CAAACAAGCCACAUUAUAUGGCGGACGAAAAGAGCCCAGCGCGUCGAAUUGAAAGUUCCACAUCUUGAACAUCAGCCAUCCAGGUCGCAUUAUCCGUCUCCAGCAGGUCCCUUCAAAGGCUUCGCUCACUGCAUCACAUUUACUGCUUUCCAAAUAGAAUCCUUGUCUAUAUCGUUGGAAUUGCAAUCUCUGUACACGAUGGCCGGCGCUUCCCGACAGGACUACAUUGCGCGCGUCCGCUACUCCAAUGCUCUCCCUCCACCACCGAAUCCCCCCAAGCUUCUCGAUGUCCCAAAUACAGGCUUGUCGGGAGGGCAGUACACAUCCGCGGGAUUUGCAUCGAGACUGGCGCGAGAACAGCCGCUCAACAUUGAGGCCGAUGCCGAGCUUGGGAUGCCCAUAGACUUGAUCGGUAUCCCUGGAGUGUUCGAGGGAAACGAGCAGUAUAUCUCUACAUCAGACCACAUUCCACCCGUCCAUCCCCAUGACAAAGCCCUGCUACGUCCGCUCGCAGCGCUAGGCAAGCCAUUGUCACAGGCCUAUGGCGUUUCAUUCCUACGGCGAACGGAGUACAUCACCGCCUUACAAGGCGGUAGCCGGGACCCGUCCAGCGCGAUGCUCCGGCAGAAAACCACAGAAAAGCGGUUCAAGAAGCCCAACGUUUCCGAUGACGACCCGAUCAACAUCCUGCGCUCCAUCAUCAAAGGAUUCGACGUCGCAUAUCCACAUGACAAGUACACGGGACCGGACACGCCGAGUAACAUCCGCGGCGCACAGACUACGGCGGCGGAGAAAGAAGCGUGGGAACGGCCGAGACAUCCUACCAAGCCGCAUCUCCGAGUCCUGGACUCCUAUCCUGUCCUCCCUGACUUCGCCGCCGUCCCCGAUACCGGUGCCUACAUUGUCGUCAAGUUCAACCCGAACCCCGUCGGCCCCACGGAUAAAUACGACGACCGCCUUGACGUCGGCAUUCUCUUCCCACAGAACCCCCCACCCCACGAACUAGCGCGAUAUCGCGAACAAGAGAAGGCUCGCAAGCACGAUCCCUCCGCUCAGUUCGCGAUCCCCUUCUACCACUACGAUUUCUUCAUGCCCAGCGCCGACUCCGUCCGCCCUAUCAAGCGCAAGUUCGACGUGCUGGAUGACGACAACGACGGGGACAAACUUUACACCUGGGAAAGCGGCGUGCCGGAAACCAAGGGGAUGAAGUCCUUUAAGUACGACCGGGUCCGCCACUAUGAGACGUACCAGCAGGCCGGCGAGGGCCCCGACGAUUGCUUCACGGAUACCGUGGGCGUGGCGCUGCAUGACCCGGAGGCGACGGAGACGGGCGUCAGCAGCGGGAAGCAGAAGGCGGCGUACUUGUACGGGAUCAGCCAGCGGACGUUCAUCCGGCCGAAGAGGGCGAAGAUGAGUGCGAGUGCGGCGACCGGGGCGACGAGUUGAAGAGGAGGAGGAAGACGAUGGAGAAGUUCGACGAGAGAAUUGGAGAUCAGUUCUUUCCGAUGGGCGAUGAAGCCAUGACUCUGGACAGUCAGGACAGUCAGGAGUAAUAUUUGGGCUCG